AUGGAGGCACCCGAAUCUGCCCAGCGGAAGAAACCACGGUACAACAACGAACAAGGCCGGUCGCAGGAAAGGCGCAAGCGCAAGCGUGGUGUGGAAGAUCCCCCGAAGUACCCUCACUGGGGUGAGGUGGGCUUGAGGCCCUUCCUCGGGGUGCGAGAAGGCCAGACAGAUGAAUUGGGCGCGUCCGAGAUGUAUCGCUUCGUUUGUCGUUUGGACGGCGCUGCCCGGUGGGCAAUGACAUUCGAACAGAUGAAGGCGGACCUGAUCCGGGACCUCACGGAAGCCCCAAAGUUCGGCAGGCUGAUAGCCCAGAGCAAGAUUCCGCGAUUGUUGCCACUGCGCCAGCCCGACGUGAUUCUCGUGGAUGAUGAGACCCUGGAAGGAUGGCUGCGCAAGAAGUUCCCGAUGCCGCUGCUGUACCGCGCCGAGAUAGGGGGAAAGUCUCCCGCUCUCAAAGGAAUGACCUGGGAGCGCUUCUGGAAGGCUCAACUCGAUGAGGUCCCAGAUGCAACGGUCGGUGUCUACGACUACUCACACCCGGAUCCGCAAGACAGGAUCACGGACUGGUCAGUCCGGCAGAUCCACGAGUAUUGGAAGCGUCCAGCGGGCGAGCGGGGUGCGAUCAACGUGCUGGAUCUCGAGAAUGCCGACGGCGACUUCUGCCCCAUUGCGAUAGUGUCCCAGGACGUUGCGCAAAAAGCCCUUCGCCGGAAGCUACGCACUGCGGGCAGGUCGGAUUCGCGCUGGGAAAGUCACCGAAAGGAAUUCUUCCUCCUGAGUGCGGCGAACGCGGUGUCCGCGAUCCACGUCGACAACGGAGGCCUGCUGACGUGGGCUUUUGCGGAGGCGGGGGCCCAAUACGUGGAGGCCUGCAAGGACGACGGCUGGGUGAAGGUGGAGCUGAAGAUGGGGGACAUACUUAUCAUGCCUCCGAGUUGGCCGCACGCCGUGUUCACCCCGGAGGACUGCCUCGCAGUUGGGGGCCACUUCUACACGGUGUCGCACCUGGGCUCAACGCUCGCCGGUCUCAGCAGGCAAGAGCGCUACCCGGAAAUGUGCAACGAGUCUCUCGAGCCGGCGACCUACGAGACUCUCGCAGUGAUCUUUGACUGCGGCCUGUACGAUGCGAACGACCACGUGGGGAUCCUGUCGACCGCUGGGUCGUUCGUGCACAACUGGGACCUAAUGUCCCAGGCGAGGGCGAUAGAAGCGGCAGGCAUCGACUCGCCAAAGGACGACCCGCGAGAACACAUCCUCGCGCAUCGCGAUCACCUUGUAAAGCCCUACUCUGCGGAUGUGUUAGAAAAACCGAUCGACGCUCGGGGGCGCCUCGCGAAUGCCUUGGCUAGGGUGAGGGAGCGCAUGCGCCAGGCGAUAGAUGCCUUACCGUAG